AUGGAUCCCUUGUCAAUAACCACAGGCUGCGUAGGUCUAAUUUCGACUAUCGGCACGCUUUCUUUAUCCAUUAACAGCUUCGUGCGUACCUGUCGCGAAGCUCGUAAUGACCUAGAUCGAGUAGCAAGAGAGCUCCUCUCCCUACAGACAGUCCUUGAGCUCAUCAAAGAUGCAAUUGACGAGGAUAAGACAUUUCCCAACACUCUUGCAUACCAUGUUUCAAAUAUUUUGGCCAACUGUCAUCUAGUCGUCACCGAGUUGCAAGGCUGUCUUACGAAAUAUGGCAGCAACCGACUAAAGACAAAGGCCGGCUGGGCUAUCAGUGGCCAAGGAGACGUUACGAAGUUGCGGUCAAACUUAGAGGCUCAUAAGGCGGCACUGGAAUUGGCUCUUGAUAUGCUUGCGCUACAUACGGCUAAAGCAAUAAAAACAGACACAACAGAGAUCCGGAAUGAUACAUCAGCUAUAAAGGAUGGCACGGCUCAAAUUUUGCAAGAAAUCAGCCAACUCCAGGCACAGCUAUCAAAUCGAGAUAACUAUAUCCUGCAGAAAUUUCUAGAAGAUAUGACGACAUACACUGAGAACGACUUAGAUGGAGCGUCUAUCGAUUGGAAAAGUUCUAGUACAUGGGUCCCAUCUCCUAUUAUGGAAGACGAAGAAAGUAUUGGCUCUGCACAGCUCUCGAUUUCUGAGUCAGCGCAUUUUAACGUCUACAACAAUCAUUCCGAGUAUCAAGUAGCCGAAGAGGACGGACUUUCGGUGUGGGAGUGCAUCAAAAACGUGGAGACCUACUACAAGGGGAUAGAGGGAGAGUGGCGCGACAUCUGCUUAAGACGACGGCGCCGAGCAGCAAUUCCUUUGAUGCCGCUUUGGUCUGUUUCGUCCCCCAUCCCCGUCUACAAGGAUAUACCAGACCCUUUCGCUGACGAGGUCUCUCUUGAAUCUUCCACGACCCAUUUCACGGCAUUGACGUUCCCGGGACGUGAAUUCGCUUUUCAGGACAUUCUUCGGCCUGGCCGCUUCCAACCACCCAGACAGAUCAAGAUCGCAUUCUAUAUCCCAGUAGAUGGUUUCACUUCUCCUAAUGAAUUCGAAACGCAAUGGAAUUUUAUUUCCAUUCAUGUUGCGGCACUCGCUCAGCAGGUUGCAUCACCUUGGCAGAAUAUUGUUGUUAUCAUCGAGGGGCCUCCUAGGUGGAUUGGGGUUCAUCCUGAUGUCCUUAUGCUCUUCAGGAAAUUGGGGAUCCUGUUUGAAACAGAUCAGUCCAUUGAUUAUGUUGGCCGUGUCUCGCUGUAUCCGCCAUACCAUAUGGAACGUGAUGAGAUUUUUGAGCGACCGAUCCUUGGCACUAUAUAUGAGUGCAGCCAACAACUCAUGCCUAUAGAGGCUGUUUUGAGAAUCUUCUAA